AUGUUGAGAUACAGAUCAGUCGCCCAAGCUCUUAUCCGUCGCGAAUCCGUAGCAGCUGGCGAACAGGUGACCAUCUACUUCAGCAACAUCUGUGGGUUCACUGUGUUGUCCGCGGCUAGUACUCCAAUGCAGGCUAUUGAUCUGUUGAACGACCUCUACACGACGUUCGAUUCCAUCAUCGAAAACUUUGAUGUCUAUAAAGUUGAAACCAUAGGAGAUGCUUACAUGGUGGUGUCAGGACUUCCGGUGAGGAAUGGAAAUAUUCAUGCCGGGGAAAUUGCCCGGAUGUCGCUUUCCCUGCUAGAUGCUGUUCUGUCUUUCAAAAUUCGCCAUCGACCUGAACAACAGAUGAAACUGCGGAUUGGCAUUCAUUCAGGUAGGAAGGCGAAGUUAAUGUGAUAAAACUGUCCCGAAAGCACGAAUCAGCAAUUAUUGUUGAAAUGAUUUCCUGUAUUACUUUGGUCGCUUUUAUUUAAAACUGUCGGAACAACACAUCAGGGGCUCAUUACCACUUCUAAAUUUCCCAAUACAACCAAGAUUACACAUCCAAGGAAGUGUCAGAUAGCAUCAUCUAUUUAUUGCUUAUUAUUUUCAUUUGUCAGAAUAACAAAAAGUAUUACCGCCUCACAUAAAUGGCUCACUUUGAAGCCAAGCGGAGUUAUCGCCCUUUUCUUGAGCUUUUUCUCUUCUUUUGAGAGCUUGGAAAUAACAACUCGGUUUCUGUCACCUAGUCAAUGUAUUUAUCUCCAUCAAAGUGCAAUAAUAUCGGUAAUUAUAUAUAGCUUCCACAAACGAGUGGUUGGUAGUAUGCGUGAGUUAGGGAGCUGUACACUUAUUAAGCAUUCUAUAUUCAGCAAGGUUUAUAUUAUAUACCCUGUUGUCAGUAUGUAGCUUUGUAUCUCCAUCAAGUGCAAUAAUAUCGGCUUUUGACAAACCAGUCUUUUAUAGA